AUGGAUGUGGCUGCGACGGAUUCCCGGACUCGACACAGCGUCGCGCUGAAUCCUACAGCUGCAGGUUUGAGAAGUGCGGUUUUAUCGCAGUUGGCCAUAUGUAACGUCCUACUGGUGCUAGCCACGCAUUCAUGCAAGAUCUAUCUUCUUUCUGCGGACGUUGGUGUCUUCUGGUUGCUUUUACGCGUGCUGGGAUGUGGCGCUACGGGUCUUGUGUGUUGGACUGCUGUCUCAGGACAGCUGCGGAAGAAGAGGGCAGUAGAAUGGUCCGUCCUCGGGAUGUCAUCGUUGCUCAUGUUUUUGAAGCAAGCUGGACUGCUUACUGCGCUGUACCGACUGCCAUCCACUCGAGUGAUAUUAAUCACCCACUUCUCCGCUGUCUGGCUGAAGACACUUCUUACGCCAACUUCUUUCUUCACAAGUUGUGCUGUCGUAUUCGCACUUGCCAUCUCAUUCUUGUCGGACGCUGCUUUUUUCGGUGAAAACUUACGCGAAUUGCUCCUCGCGUAUGGCGCUCUAGUACUAGAAGCUAUAGCGUCUGCUGCCCUUGAUCAUACCCAAAAUGUCCUUACAUCUUCACUUGGCGAACCUAUGACUCACGUAAUGAGCACUUUGGGAGCGUUCAUAUUUAGCGUCCCCCUAUACAUGCUAAGACAUGUUAUGGCAGAGGAGGCAUUUCGACCUUCCGUCACUAUCGGUUCCUUGGCUUACAUCCCUCUCCUUGCAUAUGUGUUGCUCUUCCAAGCCCCGAAGGCAACACGGAUUGUCAAGAGCCCUUCAACUCCUUCGCAAUUCCUCGUAUACUCAUACUUAAUGACAGCGUUCAGCUCUAUGUUUAUAGGACGAGUGAUAUUCGGCCGAGCAAUCGUCUUAGCUGACUUCCCAGUUGCGGCGUUGUUGAUGUAUGCCCUCUAUCCUCGGCUUACUGCCGCUUCCGCCCCAACUCCAUACGCUGCAACCUCGCGGAUCGUGAAAGCAUAUCUGAAGUCUAUCCUGUCAAACCCAGAGUCGAGAAAAAUAUUUUAUUUUCUCAUGUUAAACAUGUGCUAUAUGCUCGUUCAAAUGUUGUAUGGCGUUUGGACUAACAGUCUUGGCCUCAUUUCAGACGCCAUUCACAUGGCAUUUGAUUGCAUGGCCAUUGGCGUGGGUCUCAUCGCCUCCGUUAUGGCCCGAUGGCCACCAAAUGAGAGGUUCACGUACGGAUAUGGUCGUAUAGAGACGUUGUCCGGGUUUGCAAACGGCAUCUUUCUAAUCCUUAUAUCGCUGUUCAUUGUUUUCGAGGCUAUCCAAAGAUUACUGGACCCCCCUGAGAUGAACACUAGCCAACUGCUACUGGUCAGCUCCUUAGGUUUGGGCGUUAACCUGUUUGCAUCGCCGCUCGCUUUGUCUUCUGGUGGAACGCUGCAUUCUGACUUACAUUCGCACACCACGGAUCCCAUCAUCAACAUCAACGGUAUUGACUUACAGAUUGCAUCUGAUAGACCAUCCCACUCUCACCAUCACUCCCAUACACAUUCCCCGUCGAGUACGCCUAAUGACCAUUCCCAGGAUUUACUCGUUGCCAUUCCUCAUGGCUUGCAGGCUAUGGACAGCCCUCUUACACCCAGCUACAAAUUCGGGCAUGACGUACACUUCGAAACGCAUCACGCAUCUGCUCAUACACCUAAUUUACAUGAUCACUCCCACGUCCACGAUCAUGCACACGAAGGGCAUAGCCAUAAUAUGCGGGGGGUCUUCCUGCACGUCAUGGCGGACACUCUGGGCUCCGUUGGCGUCAUAGUGUCUACACUAUUGAUCCAAUGGUACGGAUGGACAGGUUUCGAUCCAAUUGCAUCAUUGUUUAUAGCCAUUUUGAUCGCUGCGAGUGUGAUCCCCCUGGUGAUUGACACGGGCAAGGUGCUAGCGCUCGACAUCUCCGACCGAGAGACGAAAAUACAGAAGAUACUAUCGGAACUCUCAUCUAUCGAGGGCCUUGCAUCCUAUACGUCGCCUCGAUUCUGGCCUAAGGAUGACUCGAGCAUCAUCGGUAGUAUACACAUUCAACUUGAUGUUUCUCCCUCGUCAUAUGAUCCGACAGGACCACACUCCAGCAAGCGUACCGUAUUCGCGAAUGUUGAUCGAGUGGUCGAACGCGUAGACAAGAUGCUCAGGAAUAAGAUACCCGGACUGGAGGAGCUGACGAUUCAGGUCGAGGGUUCCACCACACGUUCAUAG